AUGCGGCUUGUACAAAUACAGGCUGACGGCAGCUUCAGCCUUGUCAAGUAUGAAGGCACCCCCAUCCCUCCGUAUGCCAUACUGUCGCACACUUGGGGUGACGAUAAAGACGAAGUGAAUUAUGAAGAUAUGCGCAAGGAGAAAAGGGAAAAGAAAAGCGGUGAUGCCAAGUUAGACUUCUGUGCCAGGCAAGCCCGCAAAGACGGCCUCCAACACUUCUGGAUUGACACUUGUUGCAUUGAUAAGUCAAGCAGUGCAGAGCUUUCGGAGUCUAUCACGUCCAUGUUUCGUUGGUACAAGAACUCGGCCCAAUGCUACGUAUACCUAGCAGAUGUCACCACGAAGAAAAGAAAAGCGGAUCACGAAACACACGAUCACGGAAUGCCCGAUGAUACUUGGGUGUCAGCUUUCCGGACCAGUAGGUGGUUUACACGAGGCUGGACACUCCAGGAACUGCUUGCUCCUCGCGUUGUGCUCUUUUUCUCCCGCGAUGAAGAGCCGCUUGGUGACAAAUUCAAACUAGAGCAACACAUUCACGAGGUUACGCGCAUCCCAAUCUCGGCUCUUCGAGGAACGUCACUGCACAACUUCUCUAUCGAAGAACGCAUGUCCUGGGCUAAUCAUCGUACCACAAAGCGUGAAGAAGAUGGUGCAUACUCGCUGCUAGGGAUAUUUGGAGUAAGCAUGGCAGCAAUAUAUGGAGAAGAGAGGGCAGCGGCGUUUAAAAGGCUUGAGAAAGAAAUAAAGGAUAUUGUACAGGAUCGAGUCCUGUCUUCAGAUGAUGGGAAGAGGCAAGCACUCAUGGAGUCGCUGCGGUUCGACCAAAUUGACGCACGCUACGCGACGAUCAAAAACGCCCAUGCCAAGACAUGCAAGUGGUUGUUACGAAAAUCAGAGCACACCGAAUGGCUCGACCCGACGAGACUAUCCAACCACCACGGCUUCUUGUGGAUUAAAGGGAAACCAGGAACCGGCAAGUCAACAUUAAUGAAAUUUGCUUUCGGCCAGGCCAGCAAAACCAGGAAGAGCGACACUGCAAUCGCCUUCUUCUUCAAUGCCAGAGGUGAGACUCUCGAGAAGACUAUCAUUGGGAUGUAUAGGUCGCUUCUGCUGCAGCUUCUCGAAAAGAUCCCUACACUACAGUGCAAUUCCAGCUCGCUGAGUCUGGUACCCUCGAGUAUCACCGCAGAUUAUCAGUGGACCAGGUACUCGCUCGAAGACCAGCUUCAGCAGGCUGUGUUGAGUCUCGGAGAAAUGCCCGUGAUUUUCUUCAUCGAUGCGCUCGACGAGUGCGAACAAUGGCAGGUUCGGAGCAUGAUUUCAUUCUUCGAAAACCUUGGCGAGCUUGCAGUCUCAUCCGGCAGGUCUUUCCGAGUCUGCCUUUCGAGCAGGCACUAUCCCGAAGUCACAAUUCGGAGAGGCAUCAUCUUAGUGCUUGAAGGACAAGAAGGCCACACCCAAGACAUCAACAACUACCUUGAGAGUGCUUUGAGGAUAGGAACCGGCGCAACCGCACAGAAAAUUCGGAAGGAUUUGCAAGAGAAGAGUUCCGGUGUGUUCAUGUGGAUCGUGCUUGUGGUGGAUAUUCUGAAUGAAGAGUAUGAUGGCGGCCGGAUGUAUGCUCUGGAGCAAAGGUUGAAACAAAUCCCCGCCGAUCUACACGCUCUAUUUCAGGACAUACUCACACGCGACUCAAAAGACAAAGAAGAACUAAUACUGUGCUUACAAUGGGUGCUCUUUGCCAAACAGCCAUUACAACCAGAGCAGCUGUACCUUGCAAUUCUUGCCGGAGCUGCGCCUGAUGCACUCGCCACUCAGCAUCAUCAGGAAGUCACACUUGAAACGAUCAGAAAGUUUCUACUUAGGUCGUCCAAGGGCCUUACUGAGAUUACCAAAACCAAGAACAAAAAAGUCCAGUUCAUACACGAGUCGGUACGAGACUUCCUGCUCAAGGAGAAUGGACUAAGCAAGAUCUGGCCUGAGUUCGCAAACAAUUUCCAAGGCCAGAGCCAUGAUCGACUGAAGCAGUGUUGUCUCAAUUACAUUAGCAUCGACGUUGCCACACCCUUGAAGCUUCCUGACCCUCUACCAGAUGCAGGCAGUGAUCCAGCAGCACGUCUACGCAAAUCAGCAGCCUCGAAAUUCCCUUUUCUGGAGUAUGCCGUCCAAAACGUGUUGUAUCAUGCGGACGCGGCAGAAGGUGGCGGCAUCUCCCAAACAGACUUUCUUAACAUCAUUCAGCAUCCUAAAUGGCUCAACCUCAACAACUUGCUUGAGAAGCACCAGGUGCGGAGACAUACGGAAACGGUCAGUUUGCUUUAUAUACUAGCUGAACUAAACAUGGUGAAUCUCAUCAGAGUUCUCGGUUCAGCCAGCUGUUGUUUGGAUGUCGAGGCUGAGCGCUACGGUUGUCCCCUUUUCGCUGCAGCUGCAACGAGCAGUGAACAGGCUUUCGAACUGUGCAUGGAAUCCAUCCAGUUGCAACAAGCUUACAGUAGCCUCGCUGCAACAGUAGGCGAACAAUAUUUUCAGCACAAGUCAGUCCAGUGCGCUGCAAGGCGCGACUUCGUAUACGUCAAGUCGAGAGGCUUCCUUCCAAAUGCGGCAGAGCUUGGUCAUGAUAGACUUCUUGCACUCUUGGUCACAUCUGGACGGUUCGAGGAAGGUUCGCAAGGCCCGAACGAUGCGAGUGUGCUCUGGUGGGCUUCCAAGAACGGCUGUGAGAUGUCAGCAAGAUUGUUAAUUGCUGUGGAACCUGCUAUGGUCAAUAGUAAAGAUAAACAUGGGAGGACACCGCUGUUUAUAGCAGCAGAGCACGGGCACCUAGGGGUGAUCGAGUUGCUGCUAGAAGGGGGCGCUGACACCAGGGAGACAAGUAGAACCGGCAACGCACUCUAUGCAGCUUCAUACUCCAAUCGUAAAGAGACUGUGGAGCUACUACUAGGCAAGGGCAUUGAGAUCAACGCGCGGGGUGGGAAAUAUUGCACCGCACUUCAGGCGGCUUCGGUCAAAGAAAAUGAAAAAAUUGUGGCGCUGCUCCUAGAUAAAGGGGCUGAUGUCAACAUACAGGGUGGAUAUUAUGACACCGCACUCCAAGCGGCGUCACUCAAGGGAUAUAAAGACAUCGUGGUGAUGCUCUUAGGCAAAGGAGCUGACGUUAACAUACGGGAUGAAGUACGUGGCACCGCACUCCAGGUAGCUAUAGAAUUUGGUCGCAAAGAGAUUGUGGAGCUGUUACUAGAAAGGGGUGCUGACGAUGAUGUUGGCAAAGCACUUCAGGUAGCUUCAGACCGUGGCCAAACAGAGAUGGUGGCGCUGUUACAGAGGUAUAGCGUAGCAGGGGCAUCUCAAUAG